AUGUAUGAUGGAUUGGUUUCAGACAUAAACAUAGAUUGUGGAUUAUCUAGUUCGCACACUGACUUGCGGAACAGAACGUGGGUGGGAGACACGGACUUUGUAUCAACCGGUUUAUCAUACAAAAUUGAUACUACCGUAGCUGCUGACUAUCUAAGCACACUCCGGUAUUUUCCGACCGGAGAGACAAAUUGUUACGCCAACAUUCCAGUGGAUAAAAGCGGAAAAGUGUUAGUUAGGACAAUGUUCUACUACGGGUACUACGACGGAAAAUACGACCCUCCCAGGUUUGAUGUCGUCUAUGAUGGAAAACAUCGAGACACAGUCCACACAGCAAGUUCGGAUGCUGUUUUCUCAGAGGCGAUUUUUGUUUCGGAAAGCGGGAAUACAAGUGUUUGUUUUGUCCGCACGUUUUUGAACGAGCACCCAUUUGUUCUACCAUUGAAGUCGCCGUUUGAUCCUUAUGAUCGAUUUUGGGUUGAACCAAGUCCGGAUUAUUCAGUUACGGUACUAACAAGUGCUGCCGCUUCAAUAAACACAACAAAAUCAGAGAACCGGCCACCUGAGAUUGUCCUCCGCACGUCAUGGUCGGAGAAGGAUAUGUCAUUCUCUAAUCUAAAACUUCCAUUUAAUGGAGUAAUGUUUUACCUAGUCAUGUAUUUCUCGGAGCCAAUCAGCCUUAUGGGUUCGAGUCUAGUUGUGCCACCGUUCGGGGCAGUGACACAGACGAGCCUGAGAGGUGUGGUGAUGAGUUCUAACCCUUCUCUGGUAUUUAAGGCUACACAUGACUCAAAUUUGCCGCCACUUAUCAACGCUCUCGAGCUUUAUGUCGUUAGCAAUAGUGAUGGAAGAGGAGGAGGUGGUAACGGAACCAAACCAACCAACACCACUGGAGAAGAUGGUGGUGGCAGCUCGGGCUCUGGUGGAGGAGGAAGUGGAAAAGGAACUAACACCAGUGGUGGUAGUGGUGGCAGCUCGGGCUCUGGUGUAGGCAACUCGGGUAUGUAUUUAAUUUUCAUAUAA